AUGUUCGCCUUCUUCCUCCUUCCGCUACCUUUCCUCCAUCUCGUCGAAGCCUUCUUGAACGUAACUGUCGAUGACACCGACUCCUCCAUCGGCUAUAUCGGCACAUGGGAACCGUCAUCCUCCCAUCAGUCGCCUUUCGACUUUGGAGGCAGUCACACGUUCAGCAGCGACGAUUCGGGAAAAGCAGUCUUCACAUUUACCGGGGUAGCAGUGUACUAUCUAGCCCCACAGUGGCCGUAUGCUGUGAGCACGCGUCUGAGUCUUGACAAUGGGAUCGCGACAUUAGUCAACUUAACGGACCCGGAUGCCUCAACCACGCCUCCUGGAGGCUCAGAGUCGACAUUCUCAUCCGUAGCAUGGUCUGCAUUCAAUCUGUCGAACUCCACACACUCUGUGGUGGCCACUGUGGGGAUAGAGGGAUUCAUCAUCGUGGAUGGUUUCAUGCAAGUGCAACCCAUUGACGGUUUCGAGGGGAGCUCUGCGACCUCAUCCUCCAUCGCGUCCCAAUCAUCAUCUUCCGUCACCUCCGCUACUCCUACCGCGUCUCAGACAUCUCCAGUCUCGAUCAAGAGCAACCUGAACGUCGGUCUCGGUGUCGCAUUCGGCGUCUUCGUCUUCAUUGGCGCCUUCCUGCUUUGCUUGAUACUCUAUCAAAGGCGGCGAGAAAAACGCGCAAGAUCUGCGCGGCCCAAGCCACUGAUCGACGAUUGGGGUUCGAUGUUUGGUAGCGAGUACUCACGUGGAUCAUAUGCUGCAGUACCCCUGGGGCACGCUUACGAGGCGUCGGGUCGUUUGCUACCGGCUGUGGAUCCUUGGGAGCCGGAUGAACAUUACCGGAAGUCUUUGGGUAGCAUUAGUGGCCCAUCGAGCCCACCGGCACGGUCGCGGUCGAACAUUCCAGCCUUGUCCAGGAUCCUGCCCCCAGGUGCCAUGGAUCCAGCCGUCCCAGGACCCUACAUUGACCGGCCGCCACCUACUCCAACCUAUCUUUUCGACCCCGAUCCUGUGCACGGAGAGUUAUCUCGAUCGGGGACAGUGGGAAUGAGCUUGAGGUCUUCUGAGGGAGUUUCGGGCUCCGACAUCUUGUUCACACGGCGCGUGCACGACGGAGAUGCGCUGUACGCGAAGCCGCCCGCAUACUCCGUGAAAUAG